UUAUUUUGCUCGCCAAGUGCACUUCACUCGUAAUACCAUUUUCAAUGAAUAUAAAAUAUUAGAAGCUAUUCAUUUUUGAUAGUUUGAAACUAAAUAGUUUUUUUUUUCGUUCUCAACAUUACAGUCAUUUCUGAUCGUAUAUAAUAGUUAUCAUAGUGCACUGUUAUACUGUAGCGUAUUUUUUAAGUAGCCAAUCCAUCAUGCGAUACAACAAGGGACAAAAAUGGUGUGCUGCUCUGGUCAUUGGAAUGGUUUCUAUUAUGAGCUUCUCUGCAGGAUUCUUUUUACUUAAACCUAGUUCAACAGCAGAGCCCUCUCUGCAGUUCAUUAGUAUUAUUUUUCGACAUGGAGAAAGAGCCCCCGUUGUAUGGUUACCCGAAGGGAUGCACAGUGACCUCUCUCUCUGGCCAGAGGGACUGGGAUCUCUUUUGCAGAUUGGCAAAGUGAAUAUGUUCAAAUUGGGGCGUUUUUUGCGGCGGCGUUACGAUGGGUUCCUUUCUGUGAACUACUCGCCGGCUGAACUUAAAGUCACAUCGAGUGAUGUUGAUCGGUGUAUAAUGAGCGCGCAACUUGUACUGGCUGGGCUAUAUCCUCCGGAAGAAAUCCAAAAAUGGAACCCCGAUCUCCUUUGGCAACCAGUUCCUGUUCAUUCCUUACCUCGUGAAUGUGAUGACAUCAUUGCCGUAAGAAAACAUUGCCCGUUAUUGUCACAAGAGAGGAAGCAAUGGAUUGACAGAGCCUCUGAAGAUGCACAGAAAAAUGAGGAGUAUCUUGCGUUCCUUUCACAAAAAACUGGCAUCACAUUAACCAAUAUCAUUCAGUUAAUGCGCUUGAGUGAUUAUAUGAGCGGUGUGAAGGCCCUCGGAUUGCCGCAACCAGACUGGUAUGAUGAAAGAAUAUUCAAGUGGAUUAGGACAGAGUACUUUUUUAGCUUUACAAAAACGGACAACCGAGUCAAACUUGAAUCAGGAGUUUUGAUAAACGAAAUCGUGACAAAUAUGAAGAGAAAAAUUGAUUCAGCGACGGAUUUUUCAAGACGGUUACAAUUAUACGCGGCGCACGAUCUUAAUUUGAUACACCUCUGGCGAGGAUUAAAUGUGAGCCAAGAAAUCACAGAUUUGCCUUCACAUGGAGCGGCACUGCUAAUUGAGCUGCACAAAAUCAAUGGCAAAUAUCUAGUAAAGAUAUUGUAUAAAAACAACGCCGAUGACGAGGAUUUAACGGUUUUAAAGACUUUUGCCUGCCAAAAUAAUUCCGCAAUGGACAAUGAACUGUGUGAUUUCGACCAUUUCUCUUCGGCGUUACAAUCCAACAUCAUCACCAAUUUCGACGAGGCAUGUCGUAUUCCUGAUGAGUUAUCGUGAUGUUUAUAUCCUCAUCUCAAAAGAUCUCAAUCAUUUCAGAUGGAAAGAAAACGAGCCAUAGCAUAAUAAUUGGAGAACAAGUUUUAACAUGUUUAACGAAUUCCUCUAUGAAAUUCUCACCCCCUUCGACUUAUUUUCUGUUAAUUUAAUUUGUUGAUGUAAAUAUAGCUAAAGAACUUUUUUUUA